CAACCCAAUCUGUGAGUCUUCCCAAAGCCUCUCCCAUCACUCCCCACAACCCCAACCCUAAUUGUCUCCCCUCCUCCUGAUUUAAAGCUUCUCCACUCCCUGGGAGUUUCUCACAAAUGGUGUCCAAUUUGCCUCUUCUCUGUUUUCCUUUCUCACCCAGAGUUGAAGAAAAUAUCUCACCCUCCCCCAGACUCUCUGUUUACUCAACUGGGACAUAUUUCACACCCUGAACCCAGCUCCCCCCUUCCUUCAUUCUGCUUUCCUCAUCUCCCCCUCACCCCCACCCAUCUCCCUCUCUUGCCCUGUUCCUGAAUUAUUUAUGAGUUGCCAGGCCAGAGGGUUUAUAAAGGGUCGCCCAGGAGGCCUGGAGGAAUGUGAGGAAGGACAGAGAGAGUCAGGAGACCCUGCAGACCUGCCUUCAUCAUUCAGACCAUGGAAGCUGCCUUUGCCCCUGCCCAAGCUCCCCUGACUCUACCAUCUAGCUGGCACGUCCCCCUCCCCCACCCCGAGGAUCACCACCACGGGGCUCAGGGAGCAGAUGUCCCCGGAAGCAGUGCACCCCUCUGGAGACCCUGGAUGCUCACCACCAAGGACACUUUGAGACAAGAGAGGAGGAAGGCGGAUUGGGCUUCUGGAGGGGAGCCAGCGGAGGAGGGCAGCAAGGCAGUCAUGAUGUUCCACCAUCCUGUCAGACUCUUCUGGCCCAAAUCCCAGUCUUUUGACUACUUGUACAGUGAAGGGGAGAAACUUCUAGAGAAUUUCCCUGUUCAGGCUACCAUUAACCUCUAUGAGGACUCAGCCAGUGAGGGUGAGGAGGAGGAGGAAGAGGAGGAGGAGGAGGAAGAGGAGGAGGAGGAAGAAGAAGAGGAGGAGGAAAAACAACUCUCAGAAGAGAAGAGGGGAUCCCUCCGCGGACCAGGACCCAUGCAGCAAGAGACUGCCUUGAAUCCAACCAGGCGUCCCAUGUCCUGCCCGAACUGAACCUGCCACCCGGGCUGCUGGAUGGGUCUGUGUGUCCUGACCAGCCUCCACGUGCUACUGAGUCCUGCUUCUCCGAGAGGCAACCUCUCCUGCACGCAGCUUGCCUUCAGGAGGACUUCUGACUUGACAGGGUCACACCCAGGUCCUUCCUGUCCCCCCUAAAAACUGGCUUCCACCCUAGUGGGAGCUACCGACAACUAACUGCCAGGGAGGGAGUGCAGGGCUGCCUGCAGGAAGUUGUUGAUUUGGUCCCUGGGGCCCCAUAGGAAAUGAAGCAGAGGAGCCCGAAUCCGGCCCCUAGGAAGGAAAAUGGGUGUGUCUCCGGGGGUUCGCCGGGUCAUUGUUGCUUUCAGUGCCCCACAGCCAGGAUAUGGCAAAUGUGGAAUCUGCCCUGGGCCCGGAGCCGAGGGGGUGCCACCCACUUGCCCUGGAGCUUGUAGAACAAAAGGGAAUUGUCAUGUGGGAGUUUCCAUUAGUUCUCCAGAGAAAUGCUUGGAUAGAACCAAAAAGAAUCAGGCUCAGCUGGGAGAGUGCCCGCUCUACCAGAGAAUGUGUCACCUGCUGUGCACAUGGCUCUGGGGAAGGUUGGCUCAGGAGUGAAGGAGUAGCCCAGAAAUGGGACCCUGCCAUGGGGUUGAAAGAGAGAGGCUCCGGUCCAGUCCACAGCUGCCCAGCUCCCAGAGAGCUCCCACCCACUGGAGGUUGAAAACAGGUGCCCCAGCCUAUAGUCCAUCCAGCCUGUGGGCUACCCAGGCCCUGGAUUAACCAUCCUCUGGGCCACCGAGCCUGUAGACCACCCUGCCCUUGCCUCCUCUUCCCAAGAACUCCUUCCUUCCCUAGAAAAUUAGAGGCUGGGAAGAGAUUCCCAAAGGCAGAGCAGCCCAAGCAGAUCUGGAUCUCAGGACACAGGGCUUCCUGGCUCCUGGUCCCCAGAGGGAAGACAGGAUGAAUGGGUUAGGCAGAGAGUCUCCCUCCAAGGUCAUUGCUAGGACUGGUCCUGGGGAGCAGGUGCAGGGGUGAACAGUGAGAGUCCCUGGCUUUAUGCAGUUAGAGGAGCAAUGAGCCUGGGGCAGGGAUGGAGCAAGCUUGCCUGUGCGUAUUUUCAAUUUUCCCCUGUAUUCCUGAGGAACUGAGGUGUAAUAAAAGAUAAA